AUGGCCUACGCCAGGACCGACUUGCUCAAACGGCACCUCCUUUGCAACCAUCUGGAGCUGGACGCCAAGGACUCCGACUCUCGGCCGGGCUCGGGGCGGUCUUCCCCAAAAGAGAAGGCCGCGUCUGGUGUUGCAGAGCGAAGAGAUUCCUCAACCAGCCAGAACAAUUCGCUGCUCGACGGAAACCCCUUCAAUGCGAAUCACAACGGUGCGGAGCCUCCAGCUUUGCACAUGUCCCUGAAUGGUGUCAACAACGGCCUCGACAGCACCAGUCUCUCUCAACUAGCCACACCAGCGUCCGGUGGAAGCACGAGCUCUCCGUUCUCACCCCUUUCGCCAUUCGGCCCGACCUUUAAUGCGCCGUCAGCACACUACCGGUUGGAGAAGGGUGGCGAUGCGUCGAGUCUCUUGGGUUCGUUUGGUGUCAACGAUGAGCUUUUGGCCAAGCUAAUGCUAGCGGGCACCUCGAGCCACUUAGGCGACGCACCCGCACACUCGGCGGCACGGUCCAACGACCUUCUCCAACAUCCCAACGGAAAUGCCGAAACCACGCGUUACGAUCUCGAGCUCUACCUCAAGCACUUUGCUCCACACUGGCCUUGCGUGCACGUCGCGACGCUCGUAGCAUCCACCAGCGUCAUCCAUCAAGACGUUGAUCAUGAUCUUCUGGACGCAAUCACACUAAUCGGUGAUCGCUACAACGCGGAUGGGCUCUCGCCAUCCGUUUCCAGACGGUCGUCCGUAUACAGUCUGGAAGGUCAAGACACAUCCGAAAUCAGCGUGCUUAGCAGUCGUGCCGUCCAGAGUCUGCAGUCCGGUCCUCAUCAUCUCGACGAGCACACGCUCUUGCGGCGCGCUCAGACGCUGCUCCUGUUGCAACUGUGUAGCCUUUUGAGCCAGAGAGACAUGCCGCGCGGAAGCCUUGAAGCAGCGCACGACUCGCUCAUCCAGGCGGCUCGCCGAAUACUCGUCGUGCAUCAGGAAGCUCCCACGCCAUCGACCAUGGGCACGGACCAAGACUGGGUGCGAUGGGCUCAAUGCGAGCAGCGAGUCCGGACAAUAUGGACGAUUUACGCCUACGACGCAUUGCGCGCCUUGCUGCUCCAUGCAACGCCUGCUUUCCCGAUCUCGGAGUUAAUCUCGCUGCAAAGACCUUGCGACGACAAAUUGUGGCAGGCGUCGUCGGCCAAGCUGUGGCGAGCGUCCCAGGGCGCUGAGCUGACCAAGCCAAGCAUCUUUGAAGAUCGAGCCAACCUUUUGCUGCAAACGAUGCCAGAGUCAAGAUCAGAUGAUGUUUUCGACGACCUGGCGCACUUUUUGCUGUUGACGAGUCUAUGCGCGGACGUUGCUCAGGUCUCCCAUACCCAUGCCCAACAAGGUAUCUACAAGCGCUUGCAAGACCCGCGGCUUGGUAAUGUUGGCGCUGGCGCGGACAAGCGUAGCGACCAAGCAACUUCGGCAUGGCUGAAGCACAUCAGCGAACUGGAUGCCGGCGUGACCACCACCAUCGAGCACAUCGACGGCGCCUUAAGCAGAUGGCGUCGAGUCUCGACGGUAAGUGAAGCUCAACAGUACCAAUCUGGUCCCGAAUGUCCCUUUGUCCUGGGUCCUUCGAGCUUCUACUACGUUGCCAAGCACCAACUUCGACAACUGCAGACGCAGAUUGGCAUGUCCCACCCUGCCACCCCUGCAAGGUCGCCCAUACAUGCGCCCUACUCUACAGUCACGUCGGACCCAUCCACCACCUUGGCUCCCUCAGCGCGAAUGAGGAGCAUGUCGAUUGGCGCACUAGACGGCAAUCUUUCGCUGCCGCACCUUUCCCCUGCGCGAAGAGCGAGCGCGUUCGAGUGGAGCAGAAGCGCUUCCAAUCACAGCCACGACCAAUCCUUGCCCCAUACUCCCUCAUCCACCCAAUCUCCCGCGCCAAGCAUGGCUCGAUUGUACAACCUCGUCAGCCCCGCCGGUUUCUCGCCGAGCCAACACUCCUCCCACACUCCUCUUCCGCUUCACUAA